AUGAAAGUCACCACAGCAACUCCGCCCUCCUGCCCCACUAAGACCCCGCACAAGGAAUGGCUGGAAGCACUGGGAGCCCUCCAAUACGUGCUCAGUUUCCUGUUUCUAGGCCCUUGUGCCUCCAUUCUACUUUUUCUCCUUCUCUUCACGCGGCUCUGGCCUCUGACUGUUAUCUACUUGAUGUGGCUCUAUGUGGACCGGGAUACCCCCAGCCAAGGAGGAAGGCGGGUUGUAUGGACAAGGCACUGGGAAGUCUGGAAACUGCAGAGGGAUUAUUUUCCUAUCAAGCUGGUGAAGACGGCAGAGCUGCCCCCCAACCAGAACUAUGUGCUGGGAUCUCACCCCCAUGGAAUCAUGUGCACUGGAGUCUUCUGUAAUUUCUUCUCUGAGAGCAACAACUUCUCCCAGCACUUCCCAGGAAUACAGCCCUGGCUAGCCACUCUGGCCGGCCUCUUCUACCUUCCCAUCUUCCGGGACUACAUCAUGACUGCUGGACUGCGACCCGUGAGCCGUCACAGCCUGGACUUUGUCCUGUCUCAGCCCCAGCUGGGCCAGGCAGUGGUCAUUGUCACCGGGGGUGCCCAGGAAUCCCUGUACACGGCUCCAGGGAAACACUGCCUUGCACUCAAGAGACACAAAGGCUUUGUUCGCCUGGCACUGAGGCAUGGGGCAUCCCUGGUGCCUGUGUACUCCUUUGGGGAGAAUGACACCUUCAAAAGUAUGACUUUCGCCAAAGGCUCCUGGCAGUAUGUGUUCCAGGUCAUCUUCAAGAAGAUUGUUGGUUUUCCGCCCUGUGUCUUCUGGGGCCGGAGUCUCUUUUCACCCAACUCCUGGGGUCUCCUGCCCCUUUCCACGCCCAUCACCACUGUGGUGGGAGCCCCCAUCCCUGUGCCCCAGCUUGGUGUACCCACUGAGGAUCAGGUUGACCACUACCACAGACUCUACAUGGAGGCCCUGGAGCGACUGUUUGAGGAGCACAAGGAAAGCUGUGGUGUCUCCGCCUCCACCCACCUCACCUUCCGUUAGGU